AUUGCAUACCAAUAGCAGCAAAUAUCCUUCCAUAUCCACAAAUUUUAAAGGGAUAAUAAACCAAACUCAGAAAUAGCGACCAUAGAAACCAAGCUAAAAUUUGAGGGAGCACCCAGCUACGCGCUAUCCCUGCUGCUUCUGCUGUUGCUGCAUUCAUCAUUUGGAGAAAAAGAAACGAACCCUCCGCCGCCAGCAGCUCAUUUCACUCAUGGCAUAGCUAGAUUAGACAAGCUUAACACGCAAAUUUAGACGCACUUCACUCCAGGUAUAAUAUGCCUAUUCGAUCAAGUAAAAAGCACGCAUAAAUUUUAAAUUUUACCCGCCAUAGUCUUACUGUCAUCUCAAACAUUGCACUCAUUGUCUGCGGCAAAUUUCAAUCGGAAGCCACUUUUAACUCUAUUAGUUGCCUCAUUCUUCUAUCAAACAGAGCCCAUAAUAUUGCACUCUUUCAGUCAUAUAUUCCAUCAAUCACUUCAGUUCGAGCCCCCACUCGAAGAGCUUAAUUUUAUUCUAAAUUUAAAAGUGACAUACAUCGCAUCGUUACUUUAUUCCCUGACAGCAGAUAUCGAAAUGGCGCGACCCUUUUUCAAGUUGGCAUUUCAUCUCUAAUUGGGUAAAUUGUAAAAAGCCAUCCUCAUUACAUUAUUUGCCUUCUCCUCUGCAUUAAUUCAUUAUUAUCGCUUCCCCUCGAAAGGCCUCUUCCCAAACGGACGGGACGAACGAAACUAGAGGUACUAAAGAGAGCCGAUCACUUCAAUCGACGCAAUUGUAAAAACACUUUAACAAUUUGCUAUCGUCAAUAUUAUAUCAUAUCAUUCAAUUGAGUGUAAAAGCUCUUAUGCUGUUUUUGAAAGUGGUGCUGACACUGGAGCCACAUCGUUCAUUUUAACACUAUCUUUCAAACUAUCUCUUUGUUUAUGCGAAGGUACUUCUAUCCAGGAACGUUUAUCGGGCAAAUCUUUCGCUCAACUGAAACUACUGUGUGGAAAUUACUUCUCUAUUCUGACUAAACAACAACAAAACGGAAUCGAGCAUCUUACAGGUCUAAGCUUCACGGCGAUAUUGAAUACAAAUACAUUGACAACAUUAUACUCUGUUGUUUUGAAGCCACAGAGGAAGCGGCACAGACACCAACAUUCGCUCGAGUUAAUUGGAACAUAUAACAGAAGCAAUUUUACGUCAACAUUAGUAGCUAAUACUCAACUCCGUGUGGCAGAGACAAAAAUUAAAAAUUACGACACAUCGCAUCACAGUUUUACGCAAGUUCAAGCGGUGUGAAAUUAAUUAGUAUAUACUUCUUCUCUUCACAAGACAACAUCGGUAGACUGGCAAAAAUAGGACCGACUUAUUUUGGUUAAAAGCCUUGCAAGUUUCGUUCACAUUCACAUCUGAGUUGGUUACUCCUGCUGCUGGUGAUUUUGCCUUGUCGACUAUUUGGUCGCUUAUUUGAUAGCAGAUGGAUUGCAAGAAGGAGAGGUCGGGUUCGAAGGAGAGGAGUGUUGAGGGAAGUGAGGAGACAGGGGAAGGGAAAGCGCUUAGCACUACAGAGCGAAAUGUCAAGUCAGUUCCUCCCAUCCCUAGACACAAACUCAACAUUCCUUCAUUAACUCAAGGUCAGCCUAUGCUGGCGGAUGGGCUAAAACAGAUCAGGGAACACCUUAAAGGCCAGGGCCUGUUAGAUGAGAAGUUGGUGUCCCAAAUUCUCAAGACAUCCUUAGAGGCGUUCAAGAAGGAGUCAAACCUGGUUGAGGUCAGAUGUUCAGACGCAGUCAUCAUCGGAGACAUCCACGGACAGUUCUAUGAUCUGCUCAACAUCCUAGAAAGAGUGUGUGGAGACAAACCACCACAGGGCACAACUAGCUACGUCUUCUUGGGCGACUACGUAGACAGGGGUUCGUUCAGCACAGAAUGCAUCCUCUAUCUGUGCUCUCUCAAACUACUAGCCCCCAAAAACGUCUUCCUCCUCAGGGGCAACCACGAGUCAGAGAAGCUGAACAAGAACUUCAACUUCCACGAGGAGUUCACUCAGAAGUACUCGGAGGACCUGUUCCAGUUGUGUCAGCAGAUGUUCAACUCCAUGCCACUGUGUGCCGUAGUGAACAACAAGUACUUCUGUGCUCACGGGGGAAUUAGCCCUGAGGCCAAAGUGCUCAGCGACAUCAACAAGAUCAAGAGACACAAGGAGAUCCCACAAACGAUGACGGAUCUAUUGUGGAGUGACCCCUGCGAAGACUAUGAGGACAACGAGAGUACGAAGAGCAGUGAGAUGUUCCAGUUCAACCAGCAGAGACAGACCUCCUACCGCUAUAACCACGCCGCCAUCCGCAAGUUCUUACAGAAGAACAAACUCACCAGUGUCAUCCGCGGACACGAGGUACAACUCACCGGAGUCAAACUGUUCAAGCACAAGGAAGAUAAGUUCCCUUCAGUAAUCACAGUAUUCUCUGCUCCUAACUACGUGGAUUCCUACAAAAACAAAGGGGCAGUCAUCGUCAUCAGCGAGAAAGACAUGGACUUGAGGAGCUACAAUGCAGUCGAUCAUCCCUUCCUCUUACCCGAGGGUCUCAACGCUUUCACGUGGUCGCUGCCUUUUGUUGGAGAGAAAAUCAACGAGAUGCUAGUGAACAUGUUAAAUGUGUGCACUAAAGAAGAACUGGAGGCGAACAAAGUAGAAGAAAAAGAAUCAGUGGCUACCCCUUCCUCCUCUCCCAAACACCCCCACAUGACAGCAGAGCGGAGGGAGGUGGUCAAGAAUAAGAUCAAGGCAGUGGCUAAAAUGGGCACAUACUACAAGACACUUCAGAUGGAGAACGAUGCAAUCAUGAAGCUCAAAGUGCUCUCACCUGGAGGGAGACUCGCACCAGGUACUUUAUCUGGUGGACGAUCUAGCAUCAUGUCCGCAAUCGAGAAAAACAUGAAUCUUGAUUUCCAUGAAGUAAAAGAAAUAGAUGCCGAAAAUGAGAAGAUGCCAUCUGAUACAAGAUGAAUCUUUCAAUGCCUCGCAAACUAAUUUCAAAAUGUGUUAACUUUAUUAUAGUAGUUUGGAAAAAUUCUUAAUUCAAAUAUUAUAGGGUAAACAAUUCUAUGUAAUUCAAAUUUCUUCAGUC